GUGUUCGAGUGAGACGCAAGAGUGUAGAGCACUGUGUAGCAAGCUUUGUUUUGGUCGAUCAAGUGGGCGUGACGUCAGAAAAUGUCGAUUUGUUCAUGCAAAAUGCAGGCCGUCGGACCUCGAGGUAUAAAUUGAUCAGCCAACACCUGAUCCACAGUACGUACCAGUGGUGGUGGUCCUUGCAAGGUGAUGGCCAGAGGCGGCCGGCGUUCGUGCUCGUGGCCGCUCCUCUGCUGAAUCCAGAACGCACAUUCGCAAGAGUCCGUUUUGCUCUUUUGACCCCGUAAACUUCGACACGAAAUCCGCAUUACGAGCGACGCGUAUGACAUGACUUACGAAGACCCGUUCUUUGUGGUCAAAGAUGAAGUAUGCAAAGCUCUGAACAAGACUAGAGGCUUGUAUCGACGCUGGCUGGAGUUGCAAGAUGAAACCGAUUCAAUCUCCAAGGACGAGCUUGAAUGGACCACCACAGAGUUGCGAAAUUCGUUGAGGAGUAUUGAGUGGGACUUGGAGGAUCUCGAAGACACAAUUGGAAUCGUCGAGAAAAACCAGUCCAAAUUUAAAAUCGACAACAGGGAGCUAACGUCAAGGCGGAGCUUUAUCGAGCAGACCAGAGAAGAAGUGAAGUCUAUGAAAGACAAAAUGAACAUCUCCAGAGGACGAGACAGGGACAGGACUGCUCGACAGCCUCUUUUGGAGAGCAGUCCACCUAGAGCCCCAACUUCCCAUGGCACAACAAAGUAUUCCAAGCUGGAGAACGAAUUGGACAGUCCAAAUCGCACCUUUGUUGAUUCAGCCAUUCAGCAGCAACAGCGAAUGAUCCAUUCUCAGGAUGAACAGCUCGACGCCAUCUCAGACUCAAUUGGGACUCUGAAGACCGUUUCUAGGCAAAUCGGAACUGAGCUCGACGAACAGGCUGUGAUGCUUGACGAGUUUGGACAUGAAAUGGAAAACACAGAAUCACGAAUUGAUUCAACAGUCAAGAAAAUGGCCAAAGUAUUCCGCAUUUCAAAUGAUCGCCGGCAGUGGUAUGCCAUAUUUAUCCUGUCCGUGAUAAUCUUCAUAAUUAUCAUCCUCUUUAUUAUACUCUGAUUGCUUUUGGACUGUGUACUACUAGCUUUAUUAGUGUGUCAGUGGUUUGCAAAAUCCCAACAUCCGGCCAGAAGUCCGGCUUAUUUGUGCCACAAAAAGAUAUUUUUAAACUUUGUCUCCAAAUUCAAAACAAUGUUUACUAGAAAAGUAUUAUUACAACUACCUAAAAUGGUUAAUAUUGCUACAUAAAACGUUCCAUAUAAAUGUAUUAGCCAUCUAAAUUAAAAAUAUUAUUUUUCAGUAAAUGCUAGAUCUAAAAUUUUGUGAUUUGUGAUGAGCUCUUAAGAUUGAUUAAGUUGUUAAGUGUGUUAGUGUUUUAAUUAAGUGCAGCUAAAAGUUAUUUAUUGUAUUAACAAAACAUGUUUAUUUGUGUUGUAAAUUUUGUAUAAAUAUAAUUGUGAUGAAAACUAAAA